AUGCCGGUGCCGGGCGCGCUGCCCUUCCUGAARGCCCCGCACGCGCGGCAGCCACCGCGCGGCUCGCCCGGCCGCCGCCACACGCUGCCCGCCAGCGAGUUCCGCUGCCUCGGCCCCCAGGACGCCGCGAGCGUGUUCGAGAUCGAGCGGGAAGCCUUCAUCUCCGUGUCCGGGGACUGCCCGCUGCACCUGRACGAGAUCCGCCACUUCCUGAGCCUGUGCCCGGAGCUGUCCCUCGGCUGGUUUGAGGAAGGCCGCCUCGUCGCCUUCAUCAUCGGCUCGCUCUGGGACGAGGACAGGCUCAGCCAGGCCGCGCUGACGCUGCACCGGCCCCGCGGCACGGCCGUGCACAUCCACGUGCUCGCCGUGCACCGCACGGCGCGCCAGCAGGGCAAGGGCUCCAUCCUCAUGUGGCGCUACCUGCAGCACCUGCGCUGCCUGCCCGUGGUGCGGCGCGCGCUGCUCAUGUGCGAGGACUUCCUCGUGCCCUUCUACGCCAAGUGCGGCUUCGAGGCGCUCGGCCCCUGCGACGUGACCGUGGGCGCGCUCGCCUUCACCGAGAUGCAGCACGCCGUGCGCGGGCACGCCUUCGUGCGCCGCAACAGCGGCUGCUGA